AUGAAUGCAGCGACACAUUCUGCAGAAGCAGCUCUUAUUGACAUACUGAUUCUUGUGGUUACAAAUGAAUUAGCUAAUCGCACUGAUAUUAGUGCUUUUAGUGCAUGUUCACCAAGCACAUUGCGAUUGCUUCACACUCCUAGUAUUCCAUCAAGAUACUCUUGGGAAGCUACUGUCAUGUCUGCCAUCAACUUGUUUGAACCACUGCUAUCAUCAGCUUCUUCUGAUAUUCAACGAGUCGGAGUGCGUAAUAUAGUUGCAUUCAUGGAUUACACCAUUUACUGUUUGCAACCACUUUCUGCUUAUAUAGAUCUACAGUCAACUGAUCCUAACCAGUAUGUCGACAAAUGCAAAAAAUCCAUCAUGUUAAUCAAGUCAUUGUCCUUGUUGAUCAGUACUGGAUUUAAACGGCUUCCGUCUGUAGAAUAUCAUUUGGAUAGGAAAACUCUUCUACAGGAUGAUUCGGACCCAUCGCAGUUACCAGAGAGUGGGUUGUUGCCAUACAGAAACUGGUUGCAGGCACUUUAUCGGAUCAUGGACAAGUAUGUAGAUAUUGGCAUGGAGUAUUUUCAAUCUACAGAUCAUACGAUCGCUACUUUUUUCCAAGAACAUCCUCAUCCAUGGCUGCUCGCUACAGUGUUUUGUAUGUUCAAUUAUAUGCAGCGCUAUACCAUGCUUCUGCCAUACAAUGCAGAUAGCGUCAAGAUCUUGACAAAGAUAGAGGGCGAUAUUGUCUCGUUAGUAUGUCACAAUAGAUCCUUGUCAAGAAAAGUGCUCAUUUUCCCUAUCGCCUUCAUUGGCAGCCAUAUAAAACGUCUAUUUUCACCUUCCGAACCCCAGAACAUGCAGUUUCAAGCUUCGUUUGACUAUAUUGCCAAUAUAUUUGGAGUAAACAAAACCAAUAUAGAUAGUGCUGCAGCAGAUGAAGAUGCUUUUAUACCUUGGGCACAUGUUCACGCUUGGCGUAAAUAUAUGCUCACCUACGACUUUGCUACUGAUUUGUCCAAAACUCAAAAGUUCUCUGUACCCAUCAUUCUUCGUGAUAUCAUGCUGGUGGAUUUGAUAUUUGGUAGUCAAUGUCAAAUUGAGUUGCUUUGCAAACAAAUUACAAAACCAAACUGGGUUUUUAUCAAAAAACGCACGCUUGAUUCAUCAGCAUUUGUCGAUGAGUACUUUUUUGGGAUUGCAGAUCGUUUUAUAUUACAAUCCAAACCAGAUACACAGUGGAUUCUGACAUCUAUGGUGAUCAGAGCAAUCAUCCUUCAAGAAAGUUUGCUAAAAUUUUGUCAGCCUACGGAAUCUGAAAACCGUCUUGAAACUCUUGUGUUUCGCAGAAAAAACCACACUGGCAAUGCACCUAUUAGUUUAAUGCCAUCUCCUAUAUCAAGUACCAUUCAGGAGUUUUUUGAUCUGCGCUAUAUUUUCAAGGCACAGGCUGAGCGAACCUUGGAUUUGUGUUUGUGUUUGAACAAUUGGCUGACACGAAUCAUUAAAUCAGAGCAGGAUCUUUUAAAAGCCAUGCAAUGCCUUCCAAGCAGCUUUUGGAUACAUUUGGCUUUAUGUCACGAAAACCCACCAGAAACAACGAUUGGAGACUCCUUCAUGGUCACGCUGUAUUCAUGUAUGCUUCGAAUAGACGCUUUUUUGACUGCCAACUCAAACUCUAUCGAGGUUUUAGAGCCUGUAAAGACUGAAAGCGAUACAAACCCUGCUCAGCUACCAGAUAUAUAUAACCAAACUACAGCUGAAAAUGCGAUGGGUGCACAAUCGCUCCCGUUUGGGCUCACUUGGUACACCUUUUUUAUCAGAAUGCAUAUUCCUGGUGUGUUUGUACACGCAUUUGUUCAUUUGCAGAAAAAAUACAAGGACGCAUCCAAAGCUGCUCAGUUGUGCAUGCUAGAGGGAAUUGAAGUGGAUCUAUGCGGAUCAUCUGAGGUUUUAAAAGAACGGGCUCAAAAAUCAUUUGAAAUGGCCUGUUUGAACCUGGUUGAUGGCAAUGUUUCAUGCAUGGCAUUUGUGCCAAUUGACUCGACUCAAGAUAUGACAUCAAAUGAUCUUCAGCUGUCCUACUUACGAUUGACAGAGCUUGUUUUUGAAUACCGCAGCCUAUUAUUAAAAGUGAAUUACCAGCUUUUUAAAGCGUUGUUGACUGAGCCUGUCGUAUUGACAUCAGCCACGGCCAAUACUAUAGCCUCUAAAGAAAUGGGCGAGAUUGGCGAAGACGAGCCAGAUACUCCAUGGGCCAAAGUUUCCGAACUGACUACUUUAAACGCAUUAUAUAAAGAUUAUGCUAGUUUGUCACAUCAAAAAAGAUUGUCUUUUUACCAUGAAGAUGAAAUUGCAAAGCGUGCCAAAAAAUGCUCUCGACCCAACUUGCUUCUCAUGGAUGGUAUAUUGGACUCUUGUGUCAAAAAUGAAUCAGUCAACACACAAGAAUUUCUUGAAUAUCUAGACGGCUGGAAUGCGUUGGCCUGCACUCUUCCACCAAAAGCAUUACGCGACGAUCUUGAAGACAUUUUGACAAACUAUUACCCCUCUGAUUCAAUGAGAUUGCUUGAUCGCGUACUGGCUGAAUUCCUUUUUAUGCAUUCCUGGAUCAUCUCUGAUACUGUUACUAUGUUGAAACUAGACGGUAGUGGACAGUUCUACCAUGGCAGCUCACCAUCUGUUGGUACCAAAAUUCCCCAAUAUCAUCGUCGCCAGGCACCCUACUAUGCACUUCUUGGUGUUUUUUGUGAUCAAUCCACUCUGCCUUUGAUAGGUCCCAUUGAUACAGUGUCUACAGCUGUCAAAAACACUAUUGUAGACAUGACACGUCCUGUAAACAAUAUACCAGUAAUGCAACUGUUGAGAGGACUCAGAUCUCGCCUACUAUCAGAUUCUCACAAACCAAAUGUUGAACUUUCUAUUUUUGAAAAAUCCAAUGCCGCGGUCAAGCUUAUCUCUGAUAUACUUGAUUCUGCGCACAGUUUAGUCAGUGCUCUUUUUUUUUACGAGAUAUUCGAGUUGGCAGAGCCUCUGACUCUUGGACCUACUAGCAGCAAAUCUGUGGUAAAAAAGCAACACAUACUUCCUAUUGUUCUUGCGGCCCAAAUUUUGAAUAUUGGCAGCGAUUCAAACCAAACUCUUUGUUGCAUUGCUGCUUCUAUAUAUAUGUUUGGACGCUUGGAUGUAUUGAACGACAAGGCACCCUAUGCUUUGCUACAUCGAGUUUUGGGUCGAUCUGCAAACCAUACAAGUUUAUUUUAUAGCUUUAGAAUUAUGGCUCAAAUGGAGGACCGAGAUCGUCGUAGCGGAAGUUUAAAUUUGAUAAGAGCUUUACUGAUUGCACCACUUGGAGUUGAUCAAAAUUCCGCUGCCGUGGUUGGAAAACGUUUUACCAAAAUUGUACUGGAAUUUGGUGAUCAGCCAUUAAUGAUGGCUCCAUAUCUACUUCGACACAUUCUUAAUCCAAAAUCACAUUAUUUUCAAACCGCUACUACAUCAAAUCUAGACGAGUCUGAGCCAAGAGGGGAUAUUUUGGACGGCUGGCUUCAACUUUUAGUGAAUGCAUACUCCCAUCCCAAUUUACCAGUUGUUCUUGGUAUUUGGAAAGAGUGCUUUUGUGAUAUGCCUCUCAGUGACCUACUUCAGUUCCUAUGCAGAUGCAGUAUUAGUUCUGCCGACCCACUUGUUGACUUUUUUUCAAAAGAGCUUCUUGCGUUGCUAAAAACCAAAAAGAGAUUGAACCUUGAACUUUUGGAUUCUAUACUUGUUUCGCGGAAACCAGAAAAAAUGCUGGCCAUGGCCAAACAGUCACUGUCGGGCAUUUCUUUGAAUUCAUCAAUCAGAAUAGAUAUAUGCAAAUUUAUGGAGCAAAAAUUUAUGCUUGUCAUGGAAAUGGUUUACACCAAUGGCAGCAAUUUGAUGCUGACAUGGCAGUCUGCAUUAAAAACAACCAACAUGGUGUUGGAUCAUCUGCUAGAGUGGGACGUAUCGUUAGCGCUAGAUUGUCUUUCCUCGCCGACAGUAGCAGAUUUUUUUAUUGGCGCACUCUUAAUCUUUGAUGCUUCUCAAGCUAAAGUCAUGACUGCAACACUUUCAAUGGCUUACAAGGCGGUUUUAUUACAAACCACUGGUACGACUGCAUCCAAUGGAAAAUUGCAAAUUUUUAAAAAGUUUGUAUUGGUUCAUGAAUCUACAUGGCGACUGUACAUCAUGCGUAUUCUUGGGCGAUUUUCCGAUGAAUCCAUGGUAGCACUUUUAAAUCCGCUGUUAAAAGAUCUGUUGUUGUCUCUCAAGGUAUUUGAACGAACAGAAUUUGCAGAUGUGCUAGCUGAAUGUACGACGUCUACUUUUGUUGGUGCGAUCCACACCAACAAUGUUGUGUUGCUUAAUAAUACGGCGAGUUUACUUCGGUACUUGGUCAAUGAAUGGGCAAGCACGCGUGUUUGUGAGAGUGUAUACAGUCUUAUCAGCACGUGUUGUGUGUUUAAUGUCAAUACAAUUUCGAAUUCUAUCAUGCUGAUGGUAUCGAGUUUAGUUCCAGGUCUGUAUCAGGCCACACAAACUCAUAUGGAAUCUGUGGUGAUUUUUGGAGUGAUGCGGUUUUUAAGCACAUGUUCAGAUUCAACAGCCAAAAGUAUGACACUAGAUAUUGUUGAGCAAUGUUGUGCGUUGCGAGUCAAUCGUGCAGAAAUGCUGUGCUCUCUCGAAUAUAUCAUCUAUGCGUUGGCAGGUGGACACCAUCAGACGUAUCUGCGUGCAGUGGAUGCUCUCAAAUUACUUCGCAAUUGGAAAUUUUACAUUGGUGAGCAUAGCAAAGAGUGCAAGUCUCCUUUUGUACUUUCCUGGACGGCAAAAGCUGCACAAGAUACUGCUUUGAUGGACCAACGACUGAAUCUGACAGUAGAAAUGUUUGAUAUGAAUGUUGCAAAAGGGAUUACUAAUUUGAUAGGUGCAAGCUCACUGCUGGGUGAACGUGCAUAUUUGGGAUCAGCACUUGCGCGCAUUUCAUCCGAUUAA